GCCGUCAGCUGUUCUUUUUGUCUCCCAGUGUGCAUUGUGUGUAGUUGGUGGUUCUCCUUGUGGAAAAAAAAUUCAAUUUAAAACUAAAUAUUUUGUAUUAAAAUUGCUAAAUAUGACCUUAAUUAAACGAUUAGUAUCAAGUAAUUUGGCAACUCGUCUCAGCAAGCUGAAAAACCAAAAUCAUAAUGGCUAUUGCACCCAUUUGAAGUUUGCCGAACAUAAACCCAUUGAGAAAAUCCGCAAUAUUGGUAUAUCGGCCCACAUUGACAGCGGUAAGACUACGUUGACAGAACGUAUUCUCUUCUAUACCGGCCGCAUUGCACACAUGCACGAGGUCAGAGGCAAAGACAAUGUGGGUGCCACUAUGGACUCCAUGGAACUUGAGAGACAGCGUGGUAUUACCAUACAAUCGGCCGCUACCUAUACCCUAUGGAAAGACACCAAUAUCAAUAUAAUUGAUACUCCUGGUCACGUAGACUUUACAGUGGAAGUUGAAAGAGCUUUGCGUGUUUUGGAUGGCGCUGUAUUGGUUCUAUGUGCCGUUGGAGGUGUUCAAAGUCAAACGUUGACGGUUAAUCGACAAAUGAAACGUUAUAAUGUUCCCUGCUUGGCAUUUAUCAACAAAUUGGAUCGCAUGGGCUCCAACCCCUAUCGGGUACUAUCACAAAUGCGUUCCAAGAUGAAUCACAAUGCUGCCUUUAUCCAAUUGCCCAUUGGUUUGGAAAGCGAUUGCAAAGGCAUUGUAGACUUGGUUGGAGAAAAGGCGAUAUACUUCGAAGGUUCCUUGGGAACACAAAUCAGAUAUGACGAAAUUCCCCAGGACAUGCGAACGGAAUCGACAGAAAGACGUCAAGAGCUGAUUGAACAUUUAUCAAAUGUCGAUGAUAUAUUGGGUGAGAUGUUUUUGGAGGAAAAAACUCCCACAGAAGACGACAUAAAGGCUGCCUUGAGAAGAGCUUGUAUCAAGCGUACCUUUACUCCGGUCCUGGUGGGCACUGCACUGAAGAACAAGGGUGUUCAACCUUUAUUGGAUGCCGUUGUGGAUUUCCUUCCUAAUCCCGGGGAAGUAGAAAACCUCGCGCUAAUUGAGGAGGAAGGCAAAGAACCACAAUCGAUUGUUUUGAAUCCUGCUCGUGACGGCAAAGAUCCUUUUGUGGGCUUGGCUUUCAAAUUGGAAGCAGGUCGAUUUGGACAAUUGACUUAUCUUCGUUGCUAUCAGGGUGUGCUGCGCAAGGGAGAUACUAUUUUCAAUGCGAGAACCAAUCGCAAAGUACGUUUGGCCCGCCUGGUGCGUUUGCACUCUAACAACUUGGAAGAUGUUAAUGAAGUGUAUGCCGGUGAUAUAUUCGCAUUGUUUGGUGUUGAUUGUGCUUCCGGUGAUACCUUCACCACAAAUCCCCGCGAUGGCUUAUCUAUGGAGUCAAUCUAUGUGCCAGAUCCUGUGGUAUCUAUGGCCAUCACUCCCAACAAUCCCAAAGACCGUGACAAUUUUGCCAAGGCUGUAGCUAGAUUUACCAAAGAGGAUCCCACAUUCCACUUUUAUUUCGAUAACGAUGUUAAGGAAACUUUGGUGUCUGGCAUGGGAGAAUUACAUUUGGAAAUCUAUGCUCAACGUAUGGAAAGGGAGUAUAAUUGUCCAGUAACGCUGGGCAAGCCUAAGGUGGCAUUUAGAGAAACUCUGGUAGCACCCUGCUCCUUUGACUAUUUACAUAAAAAACAAUCUGGAGGUUCUGGACAAUAUGCCCGGAUCAUAGGCAUUAUGGAACCACUGCCACCCCAUCAAAACACAUUGCUGGAGUUUGUGGACGAAACUGUGGGCACAAAUGUGCCCAAACAAUUUAUUCCCGGCGUGGAAAAAGGUUUUCGUGAAAUGGCUUUGAAGGGUAUGUUAUCGGGACACAAAUUGGCAGGCAUACGUUUCCGUUUGCAAGAUGGUGGUCAUCACAUUGUGGAUUCCAGUGAAUUGGCAUUCAUGUUGGCUGCCCAUGGAGCAGUUAAGGAAGUAUUCCAAAAUGGUGGAUGGCAAAUACUGGAGCCAAUUAUGAUGGUGGAAGUAACAGCUCCAGAAGAAUUCCAAGGUGCAGUAAUGGGACAGCUAAGCAAACGACAUGGUAUCAUUACGGGCACCGAUGGCAAUGAGGGAUGGUUCACAGUCUAUGCAGAGGUACCAUUGAAUGAUAUGUUUGGCUAUGCGGGCGAAUUGAGAUCAAGUACUCAAGGUAAGGGAGAAUUUUCCAUGGAAUAUUCUCGGUAUUCACCUUGUCUACCCGAUGUACAAGAACAAAUUGUACGUCAGUAUCAAGAAUCGCAGGGACUGGGACAAGCGGAUAAGAAGAAAAAGAAAAACUAAUUCUUUAUACUAGACCAACCCAUAUAAAUCAUACUUUAGUCGAAUAAUCUAUUACUCUACAUGUGUAUUAAUCCUAUACUUAUUUUAAAGAAAUUAAUAUUUUAUACUGUGAUAAAAACGAAAAAGCAAAAUAACAAGACCAAAAACUAUGA